UCUGUUUCUCUCCCCCUCAAAUUCUCCCCAUCUCAGCAUUCGCCGCCUCUUCGAUUCUCACUGGGUUUUUGGAGGAUUCAGGACUUGAGUGGAGCUUCUUUGGGAUAUCAGGGAUGGCUGGUGGUGCGGCAUCGUGUGCCGAGAGGGCCACGAGUGAUAUGCUCAUUGGUCCAGACUGGGCAAUUAACAUUGAGCUAUGCGACAUUAUCAAUAUGGACCCCGGGCAAGCAAAAGAUGCCUUGAAGAUACUAAAGAAGCGCCUGGGCAGUAAAAAUCCAAAAAUACAACUUCUGGCUCUUUUUGCUUUGGAGACUGUGAGCAAAAAUUGUGGCGAGAGUAUUUUUCGCCAUAUUGUCGAGCGUGAUAUCUUGCAUGAUAUGGUCAAAAUAGUAAAGAAGAAGCCAGAUUUGAAUGUAAGGGAAAAGAUACUUAUUUUAAUAGAUACCUGGCAAGAAGCUUUUGGGGGCUCGUCGGGAUCAAGAUUUCCCCAGUACUAUGCAGCAUAUAACGAACUGAGGUCUGCUGGAGUUGAAUUUCCUCCACGAGAAGAGAACAGUGUACCGCUCUUUACUCCACCGCAGACCCAGCCAGUAGUUCCUCCUGUUACAUCAUAUGAUGAUGCUGCUAUUCAGGCUUCUCUGGAGUCCGAUGCUUCUGGUCUUAGCUUGCCGGAGAUUCAAAAUGCUCGAGGAAUUGCUGAUGUCUUGAUGGAAAUGCUGAAUGCCUUGGAUGGUAAUAACCCUGAGGGUUUAAAGGAAGAAGUUAUUGUUGACCUUGUUGAUCAGUGUCGUUCCUACCAAAAGCGUGUCAUGGUUCUUGUGAAUAACACUGCAGAUGAGUCGCUUCUGUUUCAGGGAUUGUCACUGAACGACGAUCUGCAGAGGGUACUUAGUCGGCAUGAUGACAUGGUGAAAGGAACAAUAACAGGGGUAAGAGGACCAGAAUCUUCUGUUGUGCCGCUUGUGAAUGUGAACCAUGAGGAUGAUGAGUCGGAGGAUGAAUUUGCCCAACUAGCUCACAGGUCAUCAAGAGAUAAUUCACAAGGACAGGGCCCGAGAUCAGCCAAUUCCAAGACUGAACCUGUGCGAGUCAGUCCACUUCUUCCUCCUCCACCCUCCUCAAAAAGGCCAAUAACCCUUGGUCCUGGUCUGAUUGAUUAUCUCAGUGGUGAAGCCUACAAAUCUGAAGGAUCCUCUGCAACUUCAGAAUCCACGUCCUUUGCAGUUCCAGCUCAUGCGAGCCCAAAUUCCAGUUCACGGUUGACCCCAUUAUCUUCCUCGCCCCCUUCAUCCCAUUCCCAAAACACGACUCCAUCACCUUUGUUCACUGGAAAGCCUAUUUACGAUGAACCUGCUCCACGAAGCAAAUCCAUUGAUGGGCUGCCUCCAGCUCCUUGGGAUGCGCAGGCUCCUGAAGGUUCUCUAUCUCCUGGAGGUUCUCAAUCUCCUGUCAUCCUUCCACCUCCACCGUCCAGGUAUAAUCAGAGACAACAGUUUUUUGAGCAGCAAGCAGGUGGACCAAGUGGUGGAUCUGGUUCGUCUUAUGACAAUUUAGUGGGACAGACGCAGACGCUCUCUCUCAAUUCAUCUACCGCAACAAAACAAGUAAAACAGGAAGAUGCGCUCUUCAAAGACCUCGUUGAUUUUGCGAAAGCCAAGUCAACUUCAUCUGCGAACCCCAAUAGAUCAUAUUGAGUUGUGAACUUGUGCGUAGCAGUCAGUGCAGCUUGUGGAUCAUGUUCCUUACAUACUUCAGAUCAUGAGAUUGCCUGUUACUAAAUAAAUAUUGGUAGGAACCUUUUCGGUUUUGGUUUAUGUAUGAUGUUUAGCUGGUAUAUCUGUUUCUUUUCUUCUUUUUUUUUUUUUUUUUUUUAG